AUAUGCUACGACAAAUAUUUGAUCCUCUUAUUGCUAAAGUGGAUCAGUAUGUGGACUUAGGAUCAAGCCAACAAUGUGAACAUGCAAAUCGUGAAGUAACCUUACGGGCCCCUAAACAUCUUCAUUAUGGUAGCUCAAAGUCACUGGAUUACAGAGUACAUGCUACAGCUGCCUUUAUUAAUGAAGGAGGGAACUAUAUCUCUAAGGUGUUCUCAGAUUUAUUCAGCAGUUUGCUAUAGCAGUAUUGCAGUUUUGUUCUGCAGUUUGUUCCUGCAGUUUGUUUCAGCUGUUUGUUCCAGUUACUGAAGUUAUUCUUCCAGUCUUUGUAGAAGUCAACUCUAAAGCAGGACUUUCACCUGGUGCCCAUAUUGUCAGAUAUGCAGAAAAAUGAAUGAAACGGAGAAAAUAACAGCAAGGGAGAUCACAGUUGCCUUCCUCCAAGCGCAGACGCCUGACUCUAAAACAGGAGCGUGCCACUAACCAGGGUGCACAGGAGGCUUUAGAAGGAGUUUCGUACCAGUCCGGAGUUGGUCACAUGGAGGAGGUUGAUAUUGAGAAAUUGCCGGAUGCAGUUCCUCGUGGCAACUUCAAGCCUACACAACUAUCUGGGGAGGCAACAUAUAUAACUAUUGACCUUGAAACCACUGACCUAAUUCGUUAUGGACAGAUGCCACAUAUCACACAAAUCGCUGCAUCAAAUAUACACUCUGGAGCUUCAUUGGAUAUCUAUGUCAAACCUAAAUUGGAAAUAUCAUCUGAGGCACAAAGGAUCACCGGUAUAUGUAUGAAAAAUUCAGACACUAUGACAGUAAAAGGCACAGUGGUCCAACAUGUCAGCAUUCAAUCGGCAAUAGAAAAACUGUGUACAUGGCUGGAAAAAUUUUCAAAUGUGGUUUUAGUCGCCCAUAAUGGAAGACGCGUUUCUGCGCUUAUGUGUUCAAAAACAAUUCACAGGUUUUUCAGUUGUGUUUCUUCUUUGAUUGAUUCAUUACCAGUGUUCAAGAAACUCUUUCCAAAUCAGUCACACAGACAGGAAGAUCUUGCUUUGGCAUUGCUUGGAAUCCGGUAUGAUGCCCACAAUGCUAUAGCCGAUGUGGAAACUCUUGGAAAACUGUUAGUCUUUACACGAUUAUCAGAUAAGGAACUCCUUAUGUACAGCUUUCCACCUGCAGCUAUUCACAAAAAUAUAUUGUUUAAUACAGGGAAAUCAAAAAAUCUAAAGUCUCUUGAGGUACUUGUUAGUCGAGGCAUAUGCAAAAUGCCAACGGCUGAGAACAUAGUCAGUUCUGGAUUGAACUUGCUGGAUCUCAAAACAAUUUUUAGCUCACCUGUCACAAAGUGACAAGGUGAGCUUUUGUGAUCGCGCGGUGUCCGUCGUCCGUCGUCCGUCCGUGCGUCCGUGCGUCCGUGCGUCCGUGCGUCCGUAAACUUUUGCUUGUGACCACUCUAGAGGUCACAUUUUUCAUGGGAUCUUUAUGAAAAUUGGUCAGAAUGUUCAUCUUGAUGAUAUCUAGGUCAAGUUCGAAACUGGGUCACGUGCCAUCAAAAACUAGGUCAGUAGGUCUAAAAAUAGAAAAACCUUGUGACCUCUCUAGAGGCCAUAUAUUUCACAAGAUCUUCAUGAAAAUUGGUCAGAAUGUUCACCUUGAUGAUAUCUAGGUCAAGUUCGAAACUGGGUCACGUGGGGUCAAAAACUAGGUCAGUAGGUCUAAAAAUAGAAAAAACCUUGUGACCUCUCUAGAGGCCAUAUUUUUCAUGAGAUCUUCAUGAGUAUUGGUCAGAAUGUUUAUCUUGAUGAUAUCUAGGUCAAGUUCGAAACUGGGUCACGUAGGGUCAAAAACUAGGUCAUUAGGUCUAAAAAUAGAAAAACCUUGUGACCUCUCUAGAGG